AUGGCGGAUCCACGCAUAGACCAGGGGUACCAGUUGGGUGUCGACGUCGGUGGUACAUUUACUGAUGUUUAUGUCCUCACCCCGCAUGGGAAGACCGUUCGGGCGAAAGUCCCGACCACCAUCCCGGAUCAAAGCAUUGGAAUUCAGAACGGCAUCGCCAAAGCCCGAAAGCUACUUGAAGAAGAGACUGGAUGGUCGGGGACUUUUCAGUUUAUCCAUCACGGUACAACAACCGCUACCAAUGCUGUCCUGGAGGGAAAGGGCGCCCGCACUGCGCUUGUGGUGACUGCCGGCCAUAAAGAUAUCCUAGCGCUGCGCCGCUCGCAGAUUCCCGGCGGUUUAGGCGCUUGGCUAUAUUGGACACCGCCGGAGCCUAUUGUUCCUCUGGAACGAGUCGUUCAGUGUAAAGAGCGUAUGUCAGUCCAUGGUGAACAAGUCACCCCCGUGGACAUUGACGAUCUACGAGACGAGCUGCGUGAGCUGGCAAAGCAAAAACCAGAAGCUGUCGCUAUUUCACUUUUGAACUCUCACAGCAAUAACGAGCAUGAGCGCGUGGUCAGCCAGGUCGUGCGCGAAGAGCUAGGCUCAGAUGUCGCCGUGAUUUGUUCGGCGGAUGUCUUGCCUGAAGUGGGCGAGUAUGAGCGGACGGUGACAACAUGUACGAACACUCUCGUGAAGCCUGUCGUGCAGACUUAUCUCCGCAAUUUAUCAGAGACACUUGCUACCGAGAGCGAGACGAUCCGAGUUCUGAAAAGCGACGGUGGCUUGACCAGCUUGAAUCUUGCUUCUGAACUACCAGUGAAUAUCCUGAUGUCGGGACCUGCUGGCGGUGUUAAGGGAGUGGCUGACGUUGUUUCUCGAAACACUCCAUACAAGAAUUUGAUUACUCUGGAUAUGGGUGGAACAUCCACCGACUGCGCGCUGAUUUAUGAUGGUCAGCCUCAACUGCGACGAGAAACAGUCGUCGGAAACCUGUCUGUUCGCUCCCCAGCCGUCGACAUCAAGACGGUCGGCGCGGGAGGUGGCUCCAUCACUACUUAUAUGGAAUUGACCGAGACUCUGCGCGUCGGGCCUGAGAGUGCUGGUGCGGUUCCAGGACCCGCAUGUUAUGGGAAAGGAGGACGUCAGGCGACAGUGACUGACGCAAACUUGGUUCUCGGAUACUUACCCAAAACGCUCCUUGGGGGUGAUUUUGUACUAGAUGUGGCAGCAUCCAUAUCCGCCGUGGAGGAUAUUGCGUCUCAAAUGGAGCUCCCUGUCACCCAAACAGCUGAAGAUAUCAUCACUAUCAUCAAUGAGACCAUGUAUGGAGCUCUGCGUCUGGUUUCUGUGGAGCAAGGAUAUGACCCUCGCGAGUUUGCACUCGUGGCUUUUGGAGGGGCUGGUCCUUUGCAUGCCAACGCUGUGGGACAACUUCUUGGAGCGUGGCCUGUCAUCAUCCCUCCCUCUCCUGGCAUUCUUUGUGCGCAAGGUGACGUUACCACCAAACUCCGCCAUGAACAGUCGGCCACCUUCAUUCACCUUGUCUCUGAAACCACUGCCAAUCAAAUUCGGGGCCAAUAUGAAGCGCUUGAGAAACAGUGUCAAGAUACUUUACAAAAGUCAUCCGGUGAACAUUGGCCAGUCACCUGGAAGGCCGCGUAUCAGGCGGAUCUCCGAUAUAAGGGACAAGCUCUCACGAUUACAGUCGAUCUGACAGCCGAUGACUUGGCCGCAGAUACAGCUAAUUGGCAUGGUGUGCUUCGACAAAAGUUUGACCAGCAACAUGAGCAGCUCUUUACUUAUACCUUGCCCGACUUUGAGCUCGAGCUGAUGCGUCUUGGCGUCGUGCUUGAAGAUGCUUCGCCAGUCACCGAUAUUCCUCGGGUUUCCAAAGCGACAACUUCCGAGCCACCUGAAGAAGCAAAGAUUGGAGAGCAGAAUAUCAUCGUUCAAGGGAAAGAGCAACUCGCCACAUUGUGGGAUCGCCAAAAGAUCAGCAGAGAGGGAAUUAAAGUUCUGGGUCCCUGCAUUAUCUCUGAAAUGGAUAGCAACACGCUUGUUCUACCCGGCUACUAUGGUGAGAUCGACAGUAUCGGAAAUAUCCUGAUUAACCCCCAGAACCGGGAGCCAACUGCUGUCACAAAUCAUACAGCCGAAUCGGCCAACAAGCUUGUCAAGUCUAGUCCUUUAAUCCCGACUCUGAUUUCUUCCACCCUUGGCUCCAUCCGAGGCGAGAUGGAUCAGAUGAUGCUGCGUUGCAGUAUGUCACCGGCAAUUCGAGAACAACAAGACGAAUUUAACGUCAUUACCGACGCCAAGGGAAAGAUGUUGGUGGGUCAAUUUGGCAGCUUCAUUACCGAGUUCCUUAAGGUAUGGACAGGCACGAUCGAGGAAGGCGAUGUGUUUAUCACCAACGACACCUAUCAGGUAGAGGGUGCCAUCAGCCACCUCAACGAUGUGAUCGUCUUUCUGCCCAUCUUCCAUGAGCAUCGCCUUAUUGGAUAUGCUUCUCAGUUUGGACACUUGACCGACGUCGGCGGUAUCGUUCCCGGUAGCAUGUCAAUCAACGCUACCUCGGUGUUUGAUGACGGUGUUCAGAUCCCGUGCAUCAAGCUCUACUCAAAGGGAGCUAUGAACUCUGAUAUUGUGGAGCUUCUGUGUCGCAACUCCAGACAGCCGGCAUGGUAUCGCUCCGAUUUGACUGCCAUCAUCGCUGCAUGCUCCAUGGCUGCGACCAGAGUGCGCGAGCUAGUCAAUCGGUUCGGUCAGGAAGUGUAUCUAGCUUCGUGUGACGAACUGCUAUACCGAAAUCGCACUGGUCUAGCGAAGCUUGUCGAGAGGCACUUUGAUGAUAAGGAAAGCAAGUUCACAGACUUUGUGGAUGAUGAUGGUCAUGGUGUAGGUCCUUGGGCACUCAGUUGCUCCAUGAAGAAGGUGGAUGGUAAUCGCCUGAAGUUUGAUUGGAGUGGCACAUCCCCUCAGAGCCAACACAGCAUCAACUUCUAUUUGUCGGAGACCAUGUUCAAGAUGUUCAUCGGGUACUAUCUGAUUGCGGCUGCCGCUCCGGGUACAGUGAUCAACGAUGGCUUCCACGAUCUGAUCGAUGUACAUAUCCCCAAGGGAAGUGUUCUCAAGCCAGUUCGGCCUGCUCCAAUCUCAUGUCGCACACAUCUUCUCGGGCGCACCUUGGAUAUUGUACAAGCUCUCAUCGGCCAGAAAGACGACACAUACCAAGCAGCAGCUGGCUUCAGCGACUCGCCCCACUUUUUCUAUUCUGGAUUCAAGCCCAAUGGAGAGUGGUACCAGCUUUAUCAGAUUGGCUUCGGAGGUGUUCCUGCCCGUCAAGCCGGCGAUGGCCCCGACUGCCACUGCCUCUUCCCGGCAAUCAAGUCCAUCCCAACAGAAAGUAUCGAAUUGAAUUACCCACUGCGCAUUGAGGCGAAUGAAAGUAUGGCCGACAGUGGUGGACCGGGCUAUUACCGUGGAGGUAACGCGCAACGCACUCUAUACAGAUUCUUGGCUAGAGGAGAGUUCAGCGUUCAUGAUGAUCGCUGGUUCACCAAGCCGUGGGGAUUGAAGGGAGGCAAGCCUGGCCAGCGUUCUCGAAAGCUGCUUUAUCGGCACUCCAAAUCAGCGGAUGCACCGGCGGAAAUUCUACCAUCGAAGUGUGACCAUAUCUGCGUUGAACCUGGUGACCUCUUAGAAUGGAUAACAUGGGGUGGUGGUGGACUCGGCGACCCGUUGACGCGUCCAGCUGAGAAGGUUGCUCUCGAAGCUCACCGCAAGCUCGUCACAGUCAACGGAGCUCGUGAUGGAUACGGCGUGGUUAUCAACGACGAUUUUACGGUGAACGUGGCCGAGACGGAGGAUCUGAGAGCACAGAUGCGUCUAGAGCGCACUUCGCUUGGAGAAGCUCCGGUUUACGAUAGGGGCGGAAGUAUUGAGACCCUGCGGGAAAGUUGUCUUAUGGAGACUGGAUUGGAAGCUCCGCGGCCCCAGUGGGAAGCAGAUCCCUAUGGUCCGCAUGUAGGGUUGGACUACGUGAAGGAAUGGUACGCGGACAUGAAAGUCAGCCCAGGAUGGGAAGUCCAGUAG